AUGGUCGCGGGCCGGCCAGACCUGGCGGGCUCUUGCCAACCGCACUUCACCAACUUUGCUUCCCCCCGCCACUACUCAUCGAUCAUCAUCAUUACUACCAUGGCCGUCAAACGCAAGUCGGACGCUCUUGAACAGUCUGUCCUCCCCUUCGCCAACAACGCGGAAGGUUCUUCGACCAAGCCCUCCGAGUCUGCCACAUCCAACAAACAGAUUUCUCUCGACCCACCUGCCAAGAAGGCCCGCAAGGUCUCUACCGGCUCUGAGGCGUCGACAUCCACCUCGAAGCCUACGUCAUGGAAAGACAUCGUGCUGCCCGAGGAAAACGAGGAUGGUGGAGUUCCCGUAUACGACGACUGCAGUGAAGUACGCCGAAAGAUCCGUCUUUUGCAGAAAGAGCCCGGGUGGAAGCUCACCCCAUGGUUGAGGGACAUAGGUGGAAUCAAUAACAACUCUUACAAUCGCUUCAUGCGCGAGAAGGGCAAAAACGACGGCGCCGGAAAUGGAACAUACUAUGCUGCAUACGUGUACUUUGAGAAAAUACGAAUCCUAGAGGGCAAGAAAAAGACCAAAACCCGCGAGAACAACGAGGCCAUGUAUCCCAAUGGGUUUCCCCUCCAGAAUGCCUCUCGUUAUGUUUGGGGACCAAGGAGGUAG